AUGACCAGUGUGACUACAAGUCCAGGAGGAGGUUCUAGAAUACGUUUAUUAUUUGAUCCGCAUAAUCCACAACAACUUUUUAAUGAACUGCGGGCUAAUCCAGAAGCACUUCAACGAGUUCGUCAAACGGAUCCUCAAUUAGCCGAUACUGUAGAACAAAACGAUAUAGAUGCAUUCUUGCAAUAUCUGAUGAAUCGUAUGGCACCUCAAUUAAUGCGUCCUCCAACUGAACUUGAUUUACUCGAUCCAAGAAUCCAGCGACGUAUUGAAGAAUCUAUUAAUAUGGAAAAUGUUCUAGACAAUAUGGAACAUGCUUAUGAAUAUGCACCUGAAUUUUUUGGUAAUAUUGUUAUGCUGUAUAUUAAUUGUAAAAUCAAUGGUAAACCUGUUAAAGCAUUUGUUGAUUCCGGUGCUCAAAUGACAAUUAUGAGUAAAGCAUGUGCUGAACGUUGUGGAAUUAUGCGUCUUCUUGAUACACGUUUUAGUGGUAUUGCUAAAGGUGUUGGUACACAAAGAAUUCUUGGUCGUAUUCAUCUAGCACAACUUGAAGUUGAAAAACAAUUUUUUGCAACAUCAUUAGCUGUACUUGAAGAUCAAUCAAUUGAUAUGUUAAUAGGACUUGAUAUGUUACGACGUCAUCGAUGUGUUAUUGAUUUGGAUAGAAAUGUUCUUCGAAUUGAAAAUACUGUUGAAACAAGUUUUCUAUCCGAAUCUGAAUUACCACCAGAUGCAAAAUUAUCCGUUCGUUCACCUGGUGCAGAAAGUCGGGAUCUACCAGGAGAGUUUUUACAAUCAACUGCACAAUCGAGUGAUAAUCGUGGUCAACAACGAUCAAAUCGACCAGCAGCAACAGCAACAUCUAGUGCAUCAUCCCUAACACCAUCGCCUUUUCCAGAGAAAGAUAUCAAAGAAUUAACAAAGAAAGGAUUCACAAGAGAAGAAGUUAUAGAAGUAUUAAAAUUAACAAAUGGAGAUGUAACAAAAGCACUUGUUACGCUUAUGACAAAAUCUUUAGGAAAACCUAAACGAAAAAAUUAA